AAGCAUCAUGACCAGACAAUGACACGAUGCCCAUCUGCAUCGAGUGCUCCUAUCCUGUCUCCCAUCUGUAUAGUACCUACAGUCGUGCCGAUGAUCGCUCUCUGGGGAAGGGCGUGCGCCUGACCCAGUGCCCGCGGUGUCAACGCUUCGCCGACAAAUACGUCGAAUAUGACUUUGUUGUGCUUUUUAUAGAUCUCGUCUUGAUUAAGCCACAGGUAUAUCGACAUUUGUUGUUCAAUCGGCUCGGAGGGAAUGAUAACCAAUUAGAUCGUUCCAUUCUUCGCCUGGGAAUACUCCUCCUGCUGUUCGACGUCUAUCUGACUUGGGCGCGUCUCGAAAAAUCCCCCACCCUGGGUUCCACCUUUCUCCUGCGCGCCCCCAUCGUCAUCCAGUACCUGUUUUUCCUGAGCUUGAACACCCUUGCGACACUAGCCCACCACCUCACCGUCCGCUUCCUAGCCUCCAUUCUUGCACCCACGCCGCGAGGAUAUGCAGGGAGCAACAAGGGUACCGGCGCCGGAGCGGAGCAGUCAUCGGUCCCGUCGACUCCGGUACUGACCUCCUUCCCGGCCCAGCCCACGCAGACUCCCCCGUCCAACUCGGCGCUGAGUCCGCCGAAACCUACCCCGAACCAGUCAUCCCACGACAUAUCGUCACCUCCAGCGGGGUCAAACAACAACAACAACAACAACAACAGCCACCCUGCCGUGCCAGCAUCAACUGCACCAGGACCACCGCCCCGACCAUCUCCCCUCCGCCGCACCUCGACCGCCCCAACCCAGAACAUCCAACCCCUCCCGCCCCCCUCGCCCGCCAGUCCAGCAGCCAUCAGCACUGCGCUCCUGGUCAGCAGCUGCGUCAAACUAUUCCCCAUUCUCCUAGUCAUCUGGGGCCCCAACGGCACCGGCGACAGCGGCACCCCCGACACCAGCAGCAUCAGCAGCAUCAACAUCAGCAGCACCACAGCCCACAGCGCAUUCACCCCCAUCGACACCGGCAUAACACACACAAGACCCACCAGCCUAGCCCAAGGCCCACCCCCAGCAGCAACAGUCUCACCCUCAGGACUAGCAGAAUGGUUCGCGUCCCCGCCCCUGCUAGACAACCUAGUGGGCUUAAUGCCCGCCAGCGUGGUCGAGCUGAUCGGGUCGAUCCUCUCGCUCGGCGCAGCAGACACGCACCUCGUGCUGCUGAGCAAUAUCGAAGCGCUGUAUAUCCUGCUUGGCUGUGGGUAUGUGCGGGCUAUGGCGCUGGCUGUUGCGGGGUUGGCGGCGCGGUGGACGGUGCAGCGGGUGAUAUUGGGGUUUGCGGGUGUGGGAUAG